AUGACCCUUCUCGCCCGCCCCUUCCUCCGCCUCCCAUUCUCAACAAGCUCAGCAACACAAAGCAUCAUCAAAUACUUGAUUGCGGCAGUUGCAGCCUCAGGCAUUAGGCACGUAAUGGACCCUGACACCUGGAUAUACACUCUAAGUCACCCCCUUAGCACGGGGGCUCAUAACCACUUGAUCCUCAGGCAUCAGGCACUCAAAUCUCACUCAUUGACAACCACAAAAAUCAUGGAGCAACUCCCCCACCUCCCCGCCAUCGAACGCCUCAGUCCUCGCGUCAUAAGAAUCUUAGGCGGCAAUCCCAGCAAAUUCACCCUCCAAGGCACAAACACAUACCUCCUCGGCACCGGACCCAAACGUCUACUCCUCGACACAGCCGAGGGCAAAAACAUCUGGAAAACCUCUUUACAGAAAGUCUUGAAAGAGGAAAAUGCUAGUAUCGAGAAGGUGAUUCUUACGCAUUGGCAUCCGGAUCACGUUGGUGGAGUGGAAGACGUGAAGGAAAUUUGUAGCGGUGGCGGCGGCGGUAGCGGGAAUGGGAAUGUGAAGAUUUACAAAAAUCAAAGGAAACCCGGACGGAAAGACGAAGUGGAUUUUCAAAAUGGAGAGGUUUUUGAAGUUGAAGGGGCGAGGAUUCACGCGUUGCAUUCUCCGGGACAUACGGUUGAUCAUAUGGCUUUUUUUCUGGAAGAGGAGGAUGCGAUGUUUACGGGGGAUAAUGUUUUGGGGCAUGGGACGGCGGUUUUUGAGGAUCUUGGGAUGUAUGUUGAGUCGUUGAGGGUUAUGGAGAGGGCGUUCAAGGGGAGGGCGUAUCCGGCGCAUGGAGAUGUUGUUGAGGAUGGGCCUGGGAAGGUGAGGGAGUAUCUCGAGCAUCGGAGAAUGAGGGAGGAGGAGGUGCUGGAGACGCUGAAGGGGGAGAAACCCGGGGAGACGGAGGGUUGGACGAGUAUGGAGUUGGUGAAGGUGAUUUAUAGGAAGUAUCCGGAGAAUCUUUGGGGGCCGGCGGAGGGUGGGGUUAAGCAGGUUCUUGCUAAGUUGGAGGGGGAGGGGAAGGUUGUGAAGUUUCGGGAUGGGAGUUGGGGGUUGGUUGCUGGGAAGGCGGCGUUGUGAGGAUGCAUUCCAUUCUGCAUUGGUUAUGCGGUAUCAGCAGUGUAGCCAGCUGCGCUGAUAUGAGAAGUAUGAUGUCCCUUCUUU